GAAAAAGGUAUUUUGCGUUAUCUAAGACAUCUUUAUUUAAUAUAGCGUUUUAUUUGUCAAAUUAUAAAGAAUGCCAGAAAUGACUGAAGUAGACAAAACCGUGGUUUCAGAGGUAAAACCUGAACAAAGUGAAUCCUCAACAGACAGUGACUCAGAUGAAGACAUCCCUGAAUUGGAAGAUGCUGGAACUGCAAGCGCAGCUUCAGCUACAUUCCCUGGAGCUGCCGCUGCUGGUUUGCCCAUGGAUAUGGUUUCCAAGGCCAAACAGUCUAGAGGAGAGAAAAAAGCAAGAAAAAUUAUGUCCAAAUUGGGUCUUAAACCUGUACAAGGAGUAAACAGGGUAACAAUUAGGAAGUCAAAAAAUAUUCUUUUUGUCAUAAACAAACCAGAUGUAUACAAAAACCCUGUAAGUGACACCUACAUUGUAUUUGGUGAAGCAAAAAUUGAAGAUCUUUCACAACAAGCUCAGGUGGCUGCAGCUGAGAAAUUCAAAGAAGUCAGUCCUGCUGGAGAUAAUGCAGCUGGUACAACAACCACAUCUGUGGCACCAAUAGCUGAAGAAUCAGAAGAUGAAGAGGUUGACGAAUCUGGAGUAGAGGAAAAAGAUGUAGAGUUGGUCAUGUCUCAGGCAAAUGUUAGUCGAUCUAAAGCAGUUAAGGCGCUCAAGAAUAAUCAAAAUGACAUAGUGAAUGCUAUAAUGGAGCUUACGAUGUAACCUUGAAUGUUUUUUUGUUAAUAAAAAUUGCUCCAGUUGAUCAUAAUGCAGUUAUAAGUCUUCAGUAUAUAUAAGU